AUACUCAAGAUGACGAAGUGGCAGAAACUGUUUACAGAGACAGGAAGAGGCAGCUACCUUUGGAACUUACAGUGGAACUAACAGAAGAGACAUUUAACGCGACAGUCAUGGCUUCUGACAGCAUAGUGCUCUUCUAUGCCGGGUGGCAAGCAGUAUCCAUGGCAUUUUUGCAGUCCUAUAUUGAUGUGGCAAUUAAAUUGAAAGGCACACCCAGUAUGCUUCUUACUAGAGUAAACUGUGCAGAUUGGUCUGAUGUAUGUACUCAGCAAAAUGUGAUUGCAUUUCCUGUUGUAAAGAUGUACAAGGAAGGCGAGAACCCAGUAUCUUAUGCUGGUAUGCUAGGCAGUGAAGAUCUCCUAAAAUUUAUCCAGCUCAACAGGAUUUCAUAUCCAGUGAACAUAGCCUCGACCCAAGAAGCAGAAGAAUAUUUAAAUGGGGAACUAUAUCAAGACCUGAUCUCCUAUUCUAGUGUGUCAGUCCUGGGACUAUUUAGUCCAACCAUGACAACAGCAAAAGAAGACUUCAAUGAAGCAGGAAACUACCUAAAAGGAUACGUUAUCACCGGAAUUUAUUCUAAAGAAGAUGUUUUGAUACU